UCCAAAUACAUUUUGUCCGACUUUCUAAUCCCUCUGUGGUGAUUACAUUCGUUUACUGAAGACAUAACAUCAUUUAUUUCGUCUUGUGUUAAAAUGUGAUGACAGAAAAUGUCACUUAAAGUUCGUAACGCGGAGGACAACAAUUAGGGUUAUUGUUGAUUGUUAAAAUGGUUUCGAUUUGGGGUUUUUUAAUGGCAGAAGCGAGGAAACAGGGACACUCGGGAGACCCUGAUUGAGACUGAGAUUGCGAGGGGCCUUAAGAGAGAAAAAUUACGCGUAACACAUUUUUGAAAAUUUCAAUUACUAUAACUUUAAUUGGUUUUAAAACUACAUCUCUGGAAGUGACUCAGACCAUUCAUGCAAGUUUCACAUUUUACAGGCUCGUUACGCCAUGGUCAGGAGGACAGCACAAAUCCCGUGAGACUGAAAGAAAACUACGCAUUUGAUUUUAAAAAUCAAGAGCUCUUUUAUUACUGCGUUGCGACAACAUGGCCGAAAGCGAAACAUCUUUAGUAAGUGGAACAUGUGAUUUUAACACUGAUAACACUACAUUACAAAGCAAACGUCCGUCACACGCAUUUUCAAUCGAGAAACUUCUGUCCGUGACAUCAGCUGCGUCAGAUGUAUGCUCAGGAAUAACCUCGGAAGAUUCUCUGGAGCCGAUGACAGUCGGUCUAACCGGCAACAGUCAACAACCAGCGACAGACAAUGCUCGGCAGAGAGUGCCUGAAGAAGACAGACAUUGUUCGUAUGGGAGAACUACGACGAUCACUUCUAUAGUGCGAGCGGAUUCCUCGUCAGUGGGAGUCCGGCGAGGAUGCUGCAGUGACUGCGAGGAACAGGACGUGUCGCUCGAGGAAGAGAUGGACGAUCUGACGGUCCAGGUGUCUCCAGGAGUGCUGGAGUGCGGUGGAGUAGUCUCCACUACACUGAUCGACGCGGAGGGCUCGAAUCACAGACCGCACAGCGACUGUUCUCGGAACGCGAGCCGAAUAUGCAGGACAUCGAACGAGACGGACAAGUGCACUGGCGGUUCCAACAGUUCCUCGUCGUCGGCCUCGGGUCCCGACGAACGGAAAAAGCGGCCACGAACAGCGUUCACGGCUUCACAAAUCAAAUCACUGGAGGCCGAGUUUGAGAAGAACAAGUAUCUGUCUGUUGCCAAACGACUGCAGCUUUCUAAGAGCCUAAAGCUUACGGAAACACAGAUCAAGAUAUGGUUCCAGAAUCGUCGAACCAAAUGGAAGAGGAAAUACACGAACGAUUUGGAGCUUUUAGCACAACAAUAUUACAGCUCCAUGGGAGUCAUGGCGCCCAGACCGAUAUUCCUCGGAGACAGACUCUGGUUCUUCAACUACCCACACACAGCACCCCAGCAUCAGGGUCUCCCUGAGCCCUCGCUCAUCUCAGCACCGCCUAAUUUCAUGCCGCAUCACGGACACACACUGUCACCCCUGCUCGGCCUGCCACAGCCUCAUCCACCCCAACACUGCCAACCCUUACCAAGCAGCUUAGUCACCCCUCAUCACGGUUACCAACACCCUACCAACAUGGGAUUGGCGAUGCAUCAACCCUCGUCAAGUCAAUUUUCCAGCACUUCCAGUUCUGUUCAAGGUGUUCCAGAAAAUUCGAAUGGUUGAUGACACAAGAAGUUGAUAUUUUAAUGUUCCUACUAAAACAGUGCAACUUAAAAGGAGGUCCACGCCUCGCAAGCAAAGUAGCCGAUUAAACUAUAAGCGGAAAUGUUAAAAUUUGAGGUUUUCGUGAUAUAAUUCAGAUUACGGUCUUACGGUUGUUACAGUCUUGUAGCUAGUUUCUUACAUUUCAGAGCAAUGUGCAUUGCCCUGAUGACGGAGGCAGUAUGACCUCUGAAACGUUGGUAACCAUCGACCAGACUACACAGUGCAACGACCCAGAAGACGGAAAUCUUCUUAUUCAAGAUUGUGAAUAUAGUGUAUGUACGCAUACGCGUGUUUCCAGAUCUACCACUGAAAUUCAACAUCAGCAUCUUAGUAAUUACAAUUUUAAUGACAGAAUUUUCAUAAUGAAAUUACAAAUAUAAAAAUCUGUAUGAAUUCAUUUAUGUAAAAAAUAAAAGAUCCCCUUGUGCU